AAAUCGCUCCAAACUUUUUUUGGCGGCGCUGGCAGUUUUGGCAGUGCGCAUGUGCGAAGGUGUCCAAACUGACAAUGCUGGAGAGAUAGCGAGUCUGGAUUGAGAAACAGAGAGAAAGAGACAGAGAAAAAAGAAAAAGGAGGAAAAUAUCCAAGAAAAAAUCAAACAAACCCACGCCGAAAGACUGGCAUCAUGAGGUCCAAAGGCAGGGCAAGAAAACUCGCCACAAGUGAUGAAGGGCUGUAUGAAGGCUAUCCUGGAAUUGCUUUGGAUGAAAUAACAGAAGCUGACAGUGAGUUGGCCUCCUUUUCCCUCCCUGCACAAGACCUAACUUCACCUGCAGUGUCCAGUGAAGUGUACACACCUAAAGAGGGCUCACCUUACCAGGCACCCAUAUACAUUCCUGAUGACCUUCCCCUGCCUCCUGACUUUGAACUACGCGAGUCAGACAUUCCUUCUGCUGGACUAGGGAUAUGGACAAAGAGAAAGGUUAAUAAAGGAGAACGCUUCGGCCCCUAUGUUGGAGAACAACAGUCAAGCUUGAGAGACCCUAGUCUUGGUUGGGAGAUCUUGGACGAGUCUGGCAAUGUGAAGUUCUGCAUCGAUGCCAGUCAGUCGGAUAUAGGAAGCUGGCUCAAACACAUUCAGUUUGCCCAGUGCUAUGAUCAGCACAAUCUUGUUGCAUGCCAGAUAAACGAUCAGAUAUUCUACAGAGCCACAAGAGACAUAGAACCAGCGGAGGAGCUAUUGCUGUUUACGAAGGGUGAAGAAUAUUCAUAUGAAACAAUGGCUCCAGAUAUACAUGAGGAGCGACAGUAUCGUUGUGAGGAAUGUGACAAGUUCUUUGAGUCCAAAACUGAGCUGCUAGACCACCAGAAGUACCCCUGCAGCUCGGCACACUCUGCAUUCUCCAUUGUGGACAAGGACUUCCAACAUAAACUGGGGGACAGCGAGCAUGACCUGCAGGAUUUCCACAAUCUCCACGAUCCCCAGGAGUGCAAGGAGUGCGACCAAGUGUUUCCAGAUGCGCAAAGCCUGGAGAGACACAUGUUGACCCACUCUGAGGAGCGUGAAUAUAAGUGUGACCAGUGCCCUAAGGCCUUCAACUGGAAGUCUAAUCUGAUUCGCCAUCAGAUGUCACAUGACAGUGGAAAGCACUAUGAGUGUGAAAACUGUUCAAAGCAGGUAUUCACAGACCCCAGUAACCUCCAGAGACACAUUCGCUCACAGCAUGUGGGCGCUAGGGCUCACGCUUGUCCAGACUGUGGGAAGACCUUUGCCACCUCAUCUGGGCUAAAGCAGCACAAGCAUAUCCACAGUAGUGUCAAGCCCUUCAUGUGUAAGUCUUUAAGACCAUUCAUAUGUGAAGUGUGCCACAAGUCCUACACUCAGUUCUCGAACCUUUGCCGCCACAAGCGGAUGCACGCUGACUGCAGAACACAGAUUAAAUGCAAAGACUGUGGACAAAUGUUCAGCACUACAUCCUCCCUGAAUAAGCAUAGGAGGUUCUGUGAGGGAAAGAACCAUUUUGCUGCUGGGGGGCUGUUUGGUCAAAGCAUUUCACUCCCUGGUACACAAAUUCUGGAUAAAACAGCUAUGGCUAAUAUCAAUCAUAGUGCCCCAGGUCUGGUUGACUAUUUUGGGACAAACAGGCAUCAUGGUGGUCUGACCUUUCCUGCAGCCCCAGGCUUUCCUUUUAGCUUCCCUGGUCUGUUUCCUUCAGGACUUUAUCAUAGACCACCGUUGAUAACGGCAAGUUCCCCUGCGAAAAGUCCGCUAGGUACUGAACAAAACAAGAGCCCUCUUCUGACCCCCCCACAGGUGCUGUCUGGUGCUCCAGACCUUUUUAAAGCACUGAAUGAGAAGUCUUCGCUUACUGAAACCAGAUCAGUGGAACAUCAGACUGGUAAGUCUUCCAAAGAGAGACCCCUUGAAAAAAUGAGUGACCAGUCUGAGAGCAGCGACCUGGAUGAUGUCAGCACACCCAGCGGCAGUGACUUAGAGACGACCUCUGGCUCUGAUCUGGAGAGCGAUCUGGAGAGUGAUAAAGAGAAGAACAAGCAGAACGGGAAGGCUCUUGAAGGCAAAAUGAACAACCCUCAGAACUUUGCUGCCAUGAACAAUAAGAAGAAGGAAUUCUCCAACCACUCACUGUUUCCUCCUUCGCUCGAUGAACAGACUGCUGUUUCGGGGGCUGUUAAUGACUCUAUAAAGGCCAUCGCAUCCAUUGCUGAAAAAUAUUUUGGGUCUACUGGGCUUGCGGGGUUGCAGGACAAAAAAGUUGGCGCUUUGCCCUACCCUUCAAUGUUUCCUCUUCCAUUUUUUCCGGCCUUCUCUCAACCAAUGUAUCCAUUCCCUGACAGAGACUUGAGGUCUUUACCUGUAAAAAUGGAGCCUCAAUCACCCAGUAAUGAGUCAAAAAAAGUACAUAGCAGGAACUCUGAAUCACCUUUUGACCUCACCACAAAGCGGAAGGAGGAAAAACCAGUACCCUUUAUGACCUCAAAGCCAGUUGCUCCACAGAUAUCAAACCCAGACCAACCCCUGGACUUGAGCAUGGGCAGCAGGAGUCGGGCCAGUACCAUCAAAACAGAGGAGCCCCGGAAAAAACAUGUGUUUUUAGAGGACCAGGCAACAGAUAUCAACCAGCCCAGAGCCACUGCAUCAUCAUUGCAACAUGCUAGGCAAACCCCUUUCUUUAUGGACCCAAUUUACAGCAGGGUUGAGAAAAGGAAAUUAAAUGAUCCAUUUGAAGCUCUCAAGGUAAAAUACAUGAGGCACACUCCAGGAUUCCUCUUUCACCCACAGUUUCGCUUGCCUGAUCAGAGAACAUGGAUGUCAGCUAUUGAAAACAUGGCAGAGACACUGGAGAGUUAUAAUUCAGUAAAACCAGAGGCCAGCGAUCUUAUACGGUCUGUCCCUUCCAUGUUUGACUUCAGGGCCCCUCCAAAUGCUCUUCCUGAGAACUUAUUGCGAAAGGGCAAGGAGCGCUAUACCUGCAGGUACUGUGGUAAGAUCUUUCCACGCUCUGCAAACCUAACCCGUCACCUGCGGACACACACCGGAGAACAGCCUUACAGGUGCAAAUACUGUGAUCGUUCUUUCAGUAUCUCCUCCAAUUUGCAGCGGCACAUUCGUAACAUUCAUAACAAGGAGAAGCCAUUCAAGUGCCACCUGUGUGACCGGUGCUUCGGCCAGCAGACCAACCUGGACAGGCAUUUGAAGAAACAUGAGAAUGGAAAUGUGUCAGGUACUGCAAUGUCAUCACCUCAGUCCGAACUGGACAGCAGUAGUGCAAUAUUGGACGACAAAGAGGACACUUAUUUUAAUGAAAUACGGAAUUUCAUUGGGAACACCAGACAGAACAAUCAGUCACCUGAGCAUUCCGAGGAAGGUUUGAAUGGAAACCAGUUUGACGAGGAUAAAGGCUUGAUCCCUGGUCAUGAGUCACAUGACCUAGAAGAGGAGGAGGCAGAGGAUGACCUGGGUGUAGAGGAAGAUGAGGAAGAAGAACAGAGUGACAUCACGGGAAAACUAGUGGGUGAACCAAUCCCAAGCAACGUGGAUGAUGACAUCACCCACAAUGAAAUUGACUUUGAAGGGCCGAAUGACAUGCAAUUAAACUGCAUUUCGUCUCCUAAAAGGUUUAAGGAGGAGGAGGAGGAGGAGCAGGAUAAGAGUGGGUUCUCUGCGUUGGACCACAUUCAGCGCUUCACAGACAUGCGGAAAAUGGAGGAGAGCGAGUACAGGGAAGCAGAACUGGCAGCUUUCAGUGCCGCCCACCUGCCCGAAGCUAUAAAGCAACCGCUCUACAGAAAGUCAAAGUCACAGGCAUAUGCCAUGAUGCUUUCUCUGGCGGACAAGGAUUCUAUCCAUGCCACCUCCCACACUCCUGCAAACAUGUGGCACAGCAUGGCCAGAGCUGCUGCCGAGUCCAGCGCCAUCCAGUCACUGAGCCACGUAUGACAUUUCAAAACCUGACAAGUGGGACCAAGUCCAGCAUUGUGCUAUGGCUCUUUCACAUGGGACUGUUUAAAGACUGGUGAGCAGAAGACCUUAUACAGUUACAGGGUCGCCCAUCAACGGCAUCAAGAAAAAAUGUUGUGACCUUAAAUUGGUAAAAAUAAAAAUUUAAAAAAAAGAAAACUGUAUUUAUUCUGAUAACUUACUUGUUUUGCACAGCAAAGGCAGCUGCUGAUUUCAAAAGUGACAUAAAACCAUUUCAUUGAAAAUGUACAAGCAUCAAAAUCAGUGAGCUAAGAGAGUCUUCCAUCUUACCAGGCGAAGGUUGGAAAGCAGACAUGAAUGAAGUAUAUUAUAACAUAAGCACUCAGACCCAGUCAUUUUGUAUAAAGUUCACGAAAAGGGUGAGGGAAUUGAUGCAUUUAUAUUGUUUUCUUUUUUAAUUGAAAGUGUAAUGCCCUUAAAACCUCUGAGAACUGCAGUUUAAUGAUACGUAUGCAAACAGCUCUUAAAUUAAAUUGCGCCAAAAUGAAUGCCAGGACUCUAAAGGGUUUUUAUUUUGUAAAGAAUCUCCCGCCAGUGCAGAAAGAAAACAGCGUCUGCCUGUCUACUGUUACUGAACUUCCCUGGUCAGGAAGUGUGAAGAAUCAGACGGAUUGGUUUCCAGUGGGAUGCCUUGAAAACUAUAGAAGUUUUAAACACAAAAAAAAAAAAGAUUAGCAGACAAAUCCCUCUAUAAAAUAUAAAGGAAUUGCAUUGCUGUGUGUUCUUGCACAAUUUAAGCACUGUCUACAAUUGUUAGUAAAUCAUUCUGUUUUUGUAGAGACCAUUGUAGUGUUCUGUAUUUCGCCAGUGUAAUAUAAAAUAAAUACGUGUUUUUAGUGGAAAAACACAAUUUUGUGUUCUUUGCAAAAUGUAAAGAAUAGACAGUCAUGAUAAGAUCAUUGCAAACCAGGGCCUCCUUGUCUGGCCAGGAAACCACUAAAUCGUCUUAAUGCUAGCUGUUUUAUUUCAGUCAUUUAAAAUUUGUUUCUUUUUUUUCUUUUUUUUUUUAGACAAUCAUUAUGUGUUGUGUAUGUUCAGAAUUGUAUUUAUUUCUUGGCAAACUGUAGUUUGUUGACAGACUAGCACUGUUCAAUCCACCAAAAGGUGAUAUCUUCGGUGGAGCCUGAAUCAUAAAUUUAUGGGGUUGGUAGAUAAUGUAUGACUGCCAAAUAGGGUUCAACAUUUAAUUCAUUCUUUAUUCUUUUUAAUGAACCUGAAUAUUAAAUAUAUGAAUUUGUUUUUUGUAAUACACUUAAUUGAUUCAGUUGUAUUAAAAAAAAAAAAAAAAAAAAAAAAACAACAAAACAAAACAGGUAUUCUUGUUUUCAUUACAGCAUGAUUCUUCUGAUAGGAACUGUACCUGAUAUUUUCUCUGGUUUCUGCAAGCUUGUGUGACAUUAUGUUCAUGUUAAUCCUCAUUGUAAAAUGAAGUGUGCCAAUCCUAUAAUAAAAUAACAGAUUAUAUUCAUUUAUGUUGCCCUGUGUCGAGGAACCAGAGUUUUUGUUUGUUUGUUUGUUUGUUUAUUUUGUUUUUCUGGUUUAUAAUCUCAUUUUAAAAUAAUCAGCAAGUUGAGGUACUUUGUUUAAAUGCUUUGUACAAUGUAACUGUAAUGCAUUUCAAGACAAUGCUAUGGGAGGAGCAACUAAGAAAUAAAGGAAUUCAAAAGAGCUAAUGUUG